GAAGAGCAUCUUAACUCGUUUACACAAAGAAGCCAAUAUUGAAAUAUUGGAUGUUUGCUACACCAACCUGUGGGCGAGGUUUGACCUCGGAACUGAUCAAUUCCAUUUCAUGACUUUGAACGGGAGAAAGAACGUCUUACCAGUAAUGAGCAGCUUGUAGAACUGCUGGUACGGGUUUUCCUCAGUGCUGUGCGUCUCCCCCGGGACGUAAUCUCCGAGACCGAUGGUGGUUAAGGAGAUGAAGCAGAAGUAGAGGGACUCCAGAAAGUUCCAGUCCUUCUCCAGGGUGAAGAAGAUCCAGGAGGGAAUGAUGAGCAGCAGCAAGGUCACCACCACGGCCAGGAUGGCGGCGUGCACCACGGCGAACUUGGACUUGGACAUGGCCCACCUGCGGGGAAAGUAGGAGAGGGGCCGGCGGGUCACCGGGACCAUGAUCCUUUGCACCACUGCCGAGAGGAAGAAGAGGGUAGCCGGGAUGCCCACGAGGGAGUAGAUUAUGCAGAAGGCCUUUCCUUCGUCUGACAGAGGAACCGUGUGGCCGUACCCUACACACAAGGAAGUACACGGCACCUCGGUCUACCCACCCCACCCCUCCUCUCCUGGGGACGAACCUGUGGUGGUGAGGACGGUGCUGGUGAAGAACAAGGAGGACAUGAAGUCCCAGUUCCGGUGGCCGCGUCCACUCAUGACGGACACGCCGUAGUUGUUGGCCUCCAGGACUCGGACCAGCAGCUCCCGGAGACGCGCUUCCGACACGCAGGUGUUGUUGCCGAGGAAGUCCCGAUGGGAGGCCUCCAGCUCGUCCCGCAGCCGGAUCUCGUAGGGCAGCUCGAUGGCGGAGAAGACCCCGGCGCCGACGAGGAGGGCAGUCUGCUGCUGGGCCAGCCAUCCAAAUCGCCGUCUUCACCACAGAGGAAACCGUUGCCCGCAAACCCUACGCCGCACACGCACUUGUACAAGACCUGUGACGCCAGGCCCAGGUACACACAGUUGGCAUGAUGGUGGCAUGUGUGCGUGUUGUCUUUACACGGGUUGUAGGGCUCGCACACCUGCAGCCGCAGUGGACAGACGUUACAUCUCAACCGCCAGGAAAAGGUCAUCGGAGAAGGUCCAAACCUGCCUGCCGGUUCCUUUGGGCCUCCGCCAGCCCCAGACCGAAGGGCUGGUUGCCUUUGUAACGAGGAGGACACGGCUGACAGAAGAAGCCGGGUCUGUCCAGGUCUUCAAGCAGGUUUCCGGUGAUGAGACGCAUGUCGUGGAUGUCGGUGAGCAUCUGCGACAUAUCCUCACACGGGUGGCGACACACCGCCGAUGUCAGCUGCUGCACAAAAGAGCAUGGCCAGCCAACUCAUCCUUCUUCACUUUGGAAAGUCCUCCGUCCGUCACAAUGCCUUGCCUCCUCUUCCUUGCUUCCUUGCUUCCUUGUGUCCUCCACACUGUCGCCGGUGUGUCCACGCGAGACAAGGACGCUGAGAGAAACCGGAGAGGUGAACAAGCGCUGAGAGUUGAGCAGAAAGUUGUCCUGGUGUUACAGUGAGAGAGAGGGUGGGGGCUGGGCUUGUAGUCGAAAUGUCUGCAUGAACAGCUGGAUGGAUGUCUUGCUAACUGCUAGCGUGCAUGACAUCACACCAAAGCACUAAACUAUCCCUAAAACAGCACUUGUCAUGUCGAUAGUGUUUGGCUUUUGGCACUAGAACAUCUUUCACCAACUUGACUGUUUGGCCAAUCAGUAGGCAAACACAGCGACUGCUUCGGCCAUGUUGAGGAUCUCUGACUAGCGUUUUGGCAGUGCGUUCUUAAAAACAUCACAGCACACCUGCCAUGUCCAAAAUCCUGGACUGGUAGUCCUCAAAAACAGCAGAGCGCUCCUGUCGUAUAGAUGAUCUUUGACUAGCAUUUUUGCAGUGUGCCCGUCAUGUACAGGAUCUUGGACUAGUGACUAGUCCUUAAAUAGAGAAGAGUGUUCCUGUCAUAUAGCAGAUCUUUGAUUAUUACAGACGAUCACUCCUCUUGUCAUAUACACUUUUGCUGGUUUUUCCCAGGAGGUACUUUUAAAACUGCAGAGCAUUCCAGUUGCAUAGAGGAUCUUGACUACAGUUUUUGCACUCUUGUCAUACAGAUGAUCUUUGACUAGUGUUAAUAUAGUGUUUUUGUUUGAAUAUAUAAGAGCAAAGCCUAAUGCGAGUGUCUGGGAAUGUUCUAUUUACACACACACGCAUUUACAUCAUCUGCAUGGACUGUUUUGCAAUAUUUAAAAAAAAUGACAUCAGUGAAAAUGAGCAUGUAUGGAUUAGAAAAACAUCCACUUCUAGCCGGAUCAUCUUGUCUUUGCCUUUCUUGCUCUCCUGCUGAGUGAAAGAUUCAUCAUCAUCAUCAUCAUCUUGAAUCAUUUCUUCCAUCAGUGCACACAUGCAUGAACACAUGCUUGACUGUGACUGUGCCAAAAUACACACACACACACACACAAACACACACGAUAAAUGUUCUAUCCGUAGAUGUACACCUACUACCUUACUACCUAUCAAUUAUUCAGCCAAUUAGCAGUUAGGCCAGACCCAGGUGUGAUGCAGUACUGCAGUACAGUACAUGCAGUACCGUUUAAUCCUCCUCACAAGCAGACUACAUGCAUGACUCUAAGCAUGCUGUGGUCAGAGAAUUAUGCGGGCUUAAAGUAAAAGGAUUUACAAGUAAGACAACACAAGGAACUUAAGAGAGGAGAAGGUUGAGGCUAUGGAUGCAUUAAAGAGACGUGCUUCUCCGAUUUAACCCUUUAAAUGGCGGGCAGACUAACAUGUGAACAAAGCCAUUAUCCAUCGUAUUCAAACUGCACACUUUUGAUUUUUGUGAUUGCAUUUCUUUGCCUCAUCAAGGGCCAUAGAUUGGGUUGUCAGUCAGUCACUUCGGGUUCAGUAGAACAGCAGACAAACAGUAAUCCAGUUAAAUCCAGUUAAACCACGAAAUUUGAAGAGCAAAGUGGCGAGGGAAGAUUGGAUAUAUUUACAUACUGUAUAGUUUACAAACACAGGGAAUUAGUUCUUGGACACAGGAGGCUUUGGGGAAUGACAUAGUGUCUGCUUCUGUAUACCUCUUUGCAUUAUUGACUAUUUUGCUAAAAAAAAAAAGUAAUAUAAGGGAAUUAUUUUAUUAUUAUGCUUUGUUCAAUGGUAUUAAUAUAUUUUAUUAAUACUAAUGCAAAACACUAAAUCAUUCAAUUAUGUUGAAAAAGUAUCCGCCAUACUGGCCUAUUUACUUGGGAUCGGACGACUAACUAACACGUCAAUCAAAAAGCAUCUUGGUUUGGGUCAAACCUUUUGGGCACGCUCGCGUCGUGCGUGAUGACGUAGCCAAAGGUCAGCAGGUGGCUUCCGGCAGGCCCAGAGUUCGCUUCACCUCCACCGGCUUUGCUGAGCUCAAUUAGCCGUGACACACUUUCCCCCUCUUUUCCCUCCCGGGUUGAUCACCUACCUUCCCCCGGCGUCGCUGCGUGUCCUCGGCAGCAGCAGAUUAAGCCACCCAGAUAGCCAAAGCACUUCCAUGACAGCAUAUCAUCCGCCCUAUCCGGUCUCUGUGCGUUUUUACGCGGCAAGGCCUCGGAGAUGACCGUAGGUGGUGUUCAUACGCCGGCGUGUCCCUCCGUGCUGGUCCCUCAGAAGGCGAUCGUGUACAAUGGGCUGCUGCCUUACUCGGACCGGCUGGACCGGGAGGCCUCGGAACUUUUGGCGGACAUCAAGUGGAACCUGUCCAGAGCUGUGCUCCUCAGGGAGCUUUGGCCCGGGGUCGCCUUCUGGUCCAGGAAGCUCUUUUCGUAUCUGAAGCUCUACGGCAGGAGGUUCAGCAAGGAGGACCAUGUUCUGUUCAUCAAGCUGCUGUAUGAGCUGGUCACACUCCCGGACCUGGAGCCCCACAUGAUGCAGAGCUACGCUCGGCUGCUCAUUCAGCUCCUUAAGAAAAAGGAACUGCUUUCUAGAGAUGACCUCCAGUUGCCGUGGCGACCGCUUUACCAGCUGUACGAGCGAGUGGUCUACUCCAAAACCGAGCAUCUCGGACUCAUCUGGUUCCCCAACUCAGUGGAGCACAUUUUGAAGGCUUUGGUCAAAAGCUGCAGACCGUAUUUCCCUGCGCCUUCCACCAAGGAGAUGCUGGAGGAGUGGCGCCCCCUGAUGUGCAUCUUUGACAUGGCCAUGCAGAAGGCCAUCAGCAACAUGGAGCUCUUCCUGCCCACCAUCAUGCCCCCCGAGGAGCAUGGCCAAGGCUUCAGGUUGUGGUUUGAUGAGAUGAUGGAUCUGUGGGUUUCAGUGCAGAAUCAACCCAGCUGGGAAGGGCAUUUAGUGAACCUGUUUGCUCGCCUCGCCAAUGACAACAUCGGCUACGUGGACUGGACCCCUUACAUCGCCACUAUUUUCACCAGGAUCCUGCGCAGCCUCAACCUCCCGGUCGGAGUCAACCACAUGGUGGCGCUGCGCUAUCUCACCAACUCCUAUGACAUCGGACACCUGGUGUUAUGGAUCACGGCCCUGCUGGGUGGACCAGGAAACCCUGCACAGAAAGAGUUGACUUGCCUCUUCAACAGCAUCGCCUCAUUUUAUCAUCCCUCCAAUCAUGGUCACUGGCAGGACUUGGCUCGUGUUCAACCGAUAACGAAAGGCGGCCGUUUUGCAGGCAGCACGUGUCUCUGGGCGAUAACGCUCAAAUUGGAACUUGUGUGCCUACAGUCUCGACUCAUGCGCUUGCUCCAGCGUCUGCCGGCCAGCGUUGUGCGCCGCGUCCACCGUGAACGUCACGCUGCCCCCGGCUGGAUCACACUGGUGCCGGAAUCUCAGAGACUGACUGAUGAAGACUUGCAGGAGUUCACUCGCAGCCUCACUGGGGCCGCCCUGCUGGCCAUGUUCAGUAAGACGGGCUGUACCGACGCUGCCUACGCCCUCCAGAACCUGGCUCUCCUCACGCCACAGCUCGCCCUUUCACCUGUGCUUGACAAGACGUACGCAGCCAUGGAGACCCUGACGGAGCCACACACCCUCACCGCCACUCUCAGCUGCAUGAUUGGCAUGGCACGCAGCCUGGUUGCCCCCAGCGACUAUUACCCAGAGGGCCGCCUGCACGUGCUGCCGCUGCUCAUGGGGUCCCUGCCCGGGGUGGACCCCAACGACUUCAGCAAGUGCAUGAUAACGUUCCAGUUCAUCACCACGUUCACCACGCUGGUGCCUUUGGUCGAUUGUUCGUCCGUUCCCUCUCAACGCAGUGAUCUAUCAGAGGUUGAAAAAGAUCUGUGUUUUGCUUCUGCUGAGUUUGAAGACUUUGUUCUACAGUUUCUGGACAGGUGCUUUGCUCUCAUCGACAGCAGCACCCUGGAGCAGACCAGAGACGAGAUGGAGACAGACACUCAGACCCAGCUGGAGAGCCUGGUGGAGCUGGGCCUUUCCUCCACCGUGAGCACGGUGCUCACCCAGUGCUCCACACACAUUUACACGGUGGCUUUACAGAAGGUGUACAACUUUGCUACCUCCAACAUCUUUGAGACGUGCGUGUCAGGCAGGAUGGUGGCUGACAUGUGCAGGGCGGCCGCCAAGUGUCAUCCCGCUGAGUCUCUGCAACUGUUUGUUCAUCACUGCUGCAGUGUCAUAUUCCACAUUACUGGAAAUGAGGAUCUCCAGAGUGAAGACCAGCUGGAUAAAGAGCUGCUGUGGAACCUCCAGCUGCUCUCUGAGGUUACCCGUGUGGAUGGCGAGCAGCUGUUAAAGUACCAGGAAGAGCUGGAGCGCGUCCUCUACACGUGUGUGCGUCUGCGGUGUAAGCGGGCGUACACCCUGGCCUGCAGCCUGCUGGAACACAUGCUCCGCUCGCUGUCGCUCAUCUACCCCACCGAGUACAGGAGCACGUCUGGAGGCUUUGACACUGACCUCCCCAUACGGGACUGGGGUCGGCCCGGCGACGUCUCAGCUUUGGGUCUGUGCUGGCAUGUUCCGAGCCGAGAGGAGGAGAACUUUGUUUUUCAGCUGCUGUCCCGCCUCCUGCAUCCCGAGCUGGAGCGAAUCAAGCGCCACGUCUCUGGAGAUCAGCCAAUGAGCAGGGAGGAGCUAUUGCAGAGCCUUGCAAUCGUACAGUACUGCCUCCUCGGGGCCGGCAGCAUGCUGGCCCCACUGGACGGACCUUCUGUCACAGACCUAGUGCCCUCCAUGGUGAACCUCGGGGAGGUCAAACUGCACGUUGGCGUCCAGUAUGACAUUUCACGGCAGAACUACAGAGAGUCCAUCUGCCACACCGUGAGGCUGCUGCUACAUCACAUCCUGGAGCACACAGAGGAUGACACCAAGUCACUGUUUGUCAUCAUUAAGAUCAUCAGCGACCUCAUGUUUUUCCAAGGAAUUCACAAGAAGGAGUUUGACUCGCGCUGGAAGAGCUUCACUCUUGUCAAGAAGUCCAUGGAGAACCGGCUCCACGGGAGGAAGCAGCACAUCCGCGCGCUGCUGGUGGACCGCGCCCUGCUGCAGCACGAGAUGAGGACCCUCGUGGUUGAGGGCAGCGAGUAUAAAGAAGUCCACCAGGAGCUGCUGUGUGAUCUGCUGCUGUUGUCCACCAGCACCUACAGCCAGGUCAGGAGCCGGGCCCAGAAUGUGCUGACCACCGCCCUGGUGACCUACAGCUUCUCCCACAGAGACCUGAUACCAAGAAUUGUGAAACUGCUCUCGCCACAGCACACCAAUGGCACACAUCAGCAGUUCAAGGGGGCCCUCUACUGCCUUCUGGCGGCACACAGCGGGGUUUGCCUAGCAAGUGUAAGGGACUGGGACUGUGUUGGCACAGUAUGGCCCGCUCUAGUCCGCUGUGGACUCUCACCUGCCAUGACCCUGGAGGAGCACUCGGUCGGGCAGCUCCUGGACGACAUCAUCGAAAGGGUCCAUCGCCAGCACGACACCAUCGGCAUCAUUUUCACCGUAUCUGAGAGCUGCAUAGAGGUAGCCAAACAAAUCGCACACUCGCUUUCUUUGGAGAUGCCCACUGGAGAGGAGGUGAAGGAGGGGCUUCAACGCCAGCAAAUCAGAAAUGUUGUCAAUGCACGGAAAUAUGAGAAGCUGGUGAAUGACCUCUUAGACUGCCUUGAAGACAAAGAGCUGCCCUGGAAGUUUGAGCACAUGGCUACAGAUUUGCUGUCUCUCCUGCUGAGGGACGACCACCCACUGCCGCCGGAUGCCGUCCUCUACUUCACACAAGGCCUCAUACAUGACUCCAUCAGCAUACGCAAGGUGGCAAUAUCUGCAAUGGCUGGGAUCCUGAAACAGCUCAAAAGGCCCAGACACAAAGUAGCAGUGAAGCCAUCAGAUAUUAGCGGCGUGGCUGAUUCAGAGGGCAUGUGGGCUGGGGACCGCCAGGCCAAUCGUUGGCUGCAGUACAACAGCAACAAUCUGCCCCUCAGCGAAGAGCAGUGGGACUCUCAGCUGCACGUGGAGAAAACACACGUGGGCUACUACUCCUGGCCGAGGGAAAUGAUGAUCUAUGCAUCUUCGCAAAAGCUAAAAGAUGACCUGCCAUAUGAGGAGAUGAACGAAGCAGAAAAGAUCAUCUUUGAAUAUUUCUCAGACCCAGAGUUCAUUGAUCAACUUCUACAGUUUCUCUCUUUGGAGGACCGCAAAGGAAAAGACAGCUUCAACCCACGCCGCUUUUGUCUCUUCAAGGGGCUGUUUCGUAACUAUGGCGACGUCUUCCUGCCGCUACUAUGGCCUCACUUGGAGCAGCUCGCCGCUGACCCUCACGAGAGCUCACAGCGCUGUCUGUGUGAGAUCACAGCCGGACUCAUCAGAGGCAGCAAAUUGUGGAGUUUCAGCAAGGUGGAUAGGCUAUGGCAUCUUUUGUGCCCGCUGAUCAGGACGGCCUUGACCAAUAUCACCGUGGAAACCUACACUGACUGGGGCACCUGCAUCGCCACCGCAUGCGAGGGCCGUGACCCCCGGAAACUCCACUGGCUCCUCGAGCUGCUGAUGGAAAGCCCGCUCAUUGGCGAGGGAAGCUCAUUCCGAGAUGCAAGCUUGCUGUACGUGAUUCAAGGGGGCCUGGCCCAGCAUCAGUGGCGGGUGUCAGAGCUGCUGCACAGACUGCUGGCUUACCUGGAACCUAAACUCACGCAGGUGUACAAGAACGUGCGAGAGCGUAUCGGCAGUGUGCUGACCUAUAUCUUCAUGAUGGACGUGGCCCUGCCCCGCACGCAGCCCACCUCAUCCCCCCACGUGGCAGAGUUCGUCACUCGGGUCCUGGAGCGGCUCAAGCCUCUCACGUCCGAGGUGGAGAUCCGCAACCAUGUCCACGAGGAGAACGCCCCGGAGACGGAGGACGAGUGCACCCAGGCUGUCAAGCUGCUCACAACUGUCUUAAAAUGGUUGAUGGCGAGCGCCGGGCGAACUUUCACUACUCCGGUUCAGCAGCAGCUUCAACUCCUGCCUCUGCUCUUCAAAAUUGCCCCGGUGGAGAUUGAUGAGAGUUAUGAUGAGAUGAAGCAGGAUGCUCGCACGUGCCUGUCUCUGAUGUCCCAGGGCCUCCUCUAUCCUCAGCACAUUCCUCUUGUUUUGGCAGCUCUGGAAGAGAUGGCAGGCAGCAGGUCAUGGCAUGCACGCUACUCCGUGCUGACCUACCUGCAGAUUAUGGUCUUCUACAACUUAUUCACGCUGCUCAGCGUGCCUGUGGAGGUUCAGCGCAUUCGUACCAUGGUGAUGCAUCUGCUGCUGGACGAGCAGCUCGAGGUGAGGGACAUGGCAGGCACCACCCUGAGUGGUUUGCUGCAGUGCCAGUUCUUCCCUCUGGACUGCAGUCUGCAGAUGCAACUCCAGACGCUGAGUCAGACGCGCCUCCCCAGGGCCAGAGGAGAGCUGGCUUCCACAGGUUUGGUGCGGCGUCACGCUGGAGUGCUGGGCCUGAGCGCUUGCAUCCUGUCCAGCCCUUACGACGUCCCGACCUGGAUGCCCCAGAUCCUCAUGGACCUCAGCGACCACCUCAAUGACCCACAGCCCAUCGAGAUGACGGUGAAGAAGACCUUGUCAGAGUUCAGGCGCACCCACCAUGACAACUGGCAGGAGCACCGCCAGCGCUUCACCGAUGACCAGCUGCUGUUGCUCACAGACUUGCUGGUGUCGCCGUGCUACUACGCCUGAAGGCCCAACUCAGGUGGAAAUGCAGGGAAGCGCCAUGUUUGGCAUUCCCAUGCAGUGACAUUGGGAUGAAUAGCGAUGGGAACCUGGGCUGGGAGGAGGUGAGUCAGCAUUGGCCUUCCACGCCACAAGAAGAAAAGCUUCCUGGGCAAACUGGUUUCUCAUCUGACGCGCUUUGUUACCAUCGUCUUUAGCAAAGAAGAAAAAAUGCAAAUAGAUCUUGUAGUUGUAUCAUGUUUCUGACUGCGUCUGUAAAUACAGUAAGUAUACGUAUUAUACGCGCUUAUACAGGAUGCUGUAAGUAGCUGCAUUAGUAUUAAUAAACAUGCAUAGUUGGUUUUUAUACAAAUACAUUGUCAUCUUUUCAUUUGAUAAUAUGGACAUUAAAAAAAACGUUCAUUUUCAAUCCCAGGGCACAUAUAGACAAACAACCAUUCACACUCACAUUCAUACCUAUGGAUAAUUUGGAGUGGCCAAUUAACCUAACAUGUUUUUGGAAUGGGGGGGGGGGGAGUACCCGGAGAAAAGCCACGCAUGCACGGGGAGAACAUGCAAACUCCACACAGAGAUGGCCGAGGGUGGAAUCGUACUCUGAUCUCCUCGCUGUGUGGCCUGUGUGCUAACCACUGGCUCACCGUGCAGCCUUAAUUAAAACAUCUUAUCUUAUAAAAAUCUAUAUUAUCCAGUGUGUAUAUGUAUUGAUGUGCAGUCAAUACAUUUACAUACUGGAUAUUUAUUAUAAGUAAAAAUGGCAUACAUGCUGUAGUGCCACAAUGAUUUUAACUUUGUCAAGUCAUCUAUGACCCUAAUAUGGAAUAGGAUGUAUUAUGAUUAGGGUUGUCCGACAUUGUUCAACUCUCAAUUUCCAAUAUGUGCCCUCGCCUGAAGUCAUCUGGCACCCUAAGGAGGACAAGCGUUCCUGAAUAGAAAAUGGAUGGCAUUCCAUGCACUCCCAAAACUAGUCUGACUCGUUUACAAUUGAAACCGUUUUUUGUAUGAGGUUGUCAGUUGAAACUAUGCGGUCGGCGAGGCGCAGCAGCUUGAGGUUUUUUUGUAUUCUAUACUUUGGUCUUACGGCAUUCCAGUGAACAAGGAAGUAGCCUGCUAGUUAAAAGUAUCAAAAUGGUCUCUCGUCUUUUUAAAUCAGGAAGUGGCAUUCUAGGUUUCCCUGUUGUAUUUACUGUCAUCUUGUCUUCCUGUAUGAAGCCAUUGUACUUCCUGUGUCGGUCACGUUGUUACAUGUUUCAUAGGUGUACUUAAGUGCCUUGCUAGCCUGCCUCAUGUACAAGAGAGACGAGGGUGUGUGUCGCCUCCAGCGUGAGCAGCAUGUGCUGCGUAGCGUCGUGAUGCUUCAUUCCAAAGAGAAGAAGGGAAAGGAAGCAUGUGGGUGGUUUAUUUACACGUGUGGUUGGGGGACAUUAAAAGCCCUGAGAUUGUAUUACAUAGUCACAAUGCGGACUACUUCUCUUAUUUAACGGCGCGCCUGUCCUCCAGUCUCGCACGCACCAGCUUCUCCAGCGAAAACAGAUGCGCGUCUUUGUCCUCGGGCAGGACGCUCCUCACGGCCUCGGCGAGCUGGAACAGAUACUCCGUGUUCUGCCCGCUGGGUCCGGUGGAGGUGACGAUCUGGUUGGCGAUGUCUUCCAGGGGGGCGGGCCCCAGAUAGUCGGGGUUGUCCCGCGAACCAAUGUAGAGCAGUGUCUGGGCCGGGGUGCGGCCGUUGUCUUGUCUAGGGUGAAAGGUCACGGUCAUGACUCGGUAGCCGCCCUUUUCCCGGUGGUCCAGAUAGCGCUUCACUUCCUGCUCGCGGCCCGUGGGGAGCUUGUAGGCCACGCCCCAAACGCAGCCCUAAAAAAAAAAAGCAGUAGCGUUUUUUUCACUCAACCGCAGAGAGUAUUAGGCCUUGUACAAAUGCUAGUUCAUGGCUAGAGCGACACAUGCUGCUGUUAGUUGAUUGGUAGACAGAGAAUGACUUGUAGAACCUCACAGUAGCCUGUCUGCAGUACCUGAGUGCAGCCAGCAGAGGCGCUGUUGAGUCAUUGUCCGUUCAGUAUGACACCAGGUUCAGAAAAUUCAAAGAGGAAUUAUCCCGACUCAUUGAAAAAGAUUUUUUUGAAAAGAGAAAUGAACUAUUGCUAACUUGUCCUUCUCCCUCUCAGUAAAUACAGUCACUCGAUAUUCAGGUUUACACUUGCUGCACAGGAUCCAACUGGAGCUAGCAUGCCCCUCAUAUAAACCAUCUGACUUAAGUAACGUCUUCCUUCCCUUCCGACUGUGCCGUAGUGUUAGCAGAUAUGCAUCGCUUGCCUCUCAAUGCAUAUUUCUUUAUCGCCUUUCUGACAACCGAGCCAACAAUUAUCUGCCAUCCAAGGUCGCCAUACGAGGUGUCGUCCUGGCUUUUGUUUCAGCCGAGGGAGAUGCAUAUCUUUGUUUUGUGUGUGUUUGUGCACGCACACUGUUGACCUUCCUCUGAUACAACUGCAUAUUCCUAGUUUUCCCUCUUAAUUAGCACGACCACACGACGACAGAUGACAAGGUAGUUAAAAAAAAUGGAUGACUGUCAGGCGGUAGUUUUAUGGCUGCAUAAUGAGGCGUUGUUUCAGUCAUUUUUAUGUUAUUGCAUCAAAGGUGGAGGGAAAUAGGUGUAAUAAAGGUCGCGCUCAUGCACAUGUGCUUGUAAUUUGAAAUGAAGUCAUUAGCUGUGAAAAUAUUGAGCCAAACGUGAGGAUUCAUUGCUUCUUUUAUGUUCUUUUAGGUCAGUUCAUGUUGGAUGUUCUUAUUCCUCCACGGUCCUAACAGUGCUGCACACAAAAGGGUCACAAUGUGUCAAAACAUUGCAAUGUGUCGCCUGCGCUGUCACCCUGUCAAUUAGCCGCCUCGUGUUAGCUGUUUUUAUAGCGAACGUUUCACAUAAGGGUUGUGGAUGAAGGUGGUGAGGGGCUCAGGGGGCUACCCACCACCCUCUCCGCAAAACGGUGGUCUAGUGGUUAGCAUUCACAGGUCUGCAUUAACAGUCCGAAGGAGCAGAUUUCUUACCUCAGGAUCUUCCACAAGUGUCACGACUCGGCCAGGCUGUGAAGACAAAAGGUCAUUUGUAAACCUAUAUUACAGAAUGUAAUAUAUAUAAUAUAAGUCCUGUCAUUUCUCAGGUAGUGCAGUACUACACGGUAGUAUCGUCCUUGGUUCUAACUGUACAAACAUAAAGAUGGCUGAUGGUGCAGCUCUGAUGCCACGGGUCUUUUUCAUGACACCUGACCCCUGCAAACCGAGGACACUAGACUUGAACAGGACUUGAAGUAUUUACACAGUGCCAAAUUAAUUACAUGAAAUACAUUUGGACUAUAAAUCAUCAUCACUGGCUUGUCAUGAAUUCAACCAAUCACCCAGGGAAACAAAUGAGCUUAAAGCUAUAUACGCCUUGUACGAUGUACAAUGUUUGUUUAGAACGCCGUCUUUAAGACACAUACCUGGGUUUGUUCUUUUGGAACGUCUACUAGGGCAAUUAUUGGCUGAGCGGUAUGCCAGGCCAUGGCUACAAUGCACUGUUUGUGGAUUCUGCUCACCAUCAUGGCGGCCCAACCCGCGGGUGGUCCGUUUUUGUUUUUGUUUUCUUUUUGCCCUAAAGGCCUUGGUCCUGCUCACGUGGUCCUGCUCACGUGGUCCUGCUCAAGUCUCGGGUCCUUGAGCACAACCGCGUCUGUUUGAACUGUGUGGCGUUUACUGACCUGCAAAUCCCCCCGUUAGCCAUUAGACUUACUUUUCCCGGUACUCCCCGGUGGUCGGUGCUUCCCUGCCAAAAACGACGACUGAAACCUUUAAUGUAGCCAAUUACUUUUUCCUCAUAGGAAAAAUCCACCUUCCAAAUGAGGGAGCCGUAACCGAAGACCCACAUGGUGUUCACCUCGUUGCCCGUCACAAUAAAUUUCAACAGACCACCAUUUUGAUUUUAGUUACAUUAGUAAUACAAGGCGACACUAAACAAAAACGGAGUAAUACCACGGUGGAUAUUAAAGGGUGGCCAUUAUGAA